CUGCUUUCUCGAGUGGUCUGUUGGCGGCCGCCAAGUGAUGUGUCUGUUCUUGUUUCGUUCAUAACAACCCGAAGCACACGGCAACACAUCUUUUGGACCUUCGCAUUCAACUCACCAGGGGCAGAAUUUCUAUGCCUCACCUUUUUGCUCCAACGAAAAGACUUUUUUUUUUCCUUUUAAAACAAGAACCGUAAGAGGUUGUCGUCGAGGCUGUCGUCGAGGCUGUCAUGUUGAACGCGGACGAAAGUUCCUGGUUAGCGGGCUUGCGGCUGCCGGGCUCCCUCCCCCCGCCCCCGGGGCCUCAGUGGUGCUCCGAUGCCCCUCACCCACAUCUGAAGAUCCCGGGUGGGCGAGGGACGGUCAGGGAUCACUCUCUCGGCGCGCUGCUACACAAGGGCGGCAAGUUGACGGUGAUGCAGUCGACGGACGUGAACGGGAAGGCCUCGCUGCUGCGCUUCCACUACCAGCUGAGCGAACGCCGCUCGGCCUUCUGGGACGCCGCCGUGCGGGAAGACAGCCUCUUCUUGGAGAUGCCGACGGGGCCGCUGGCGGAGGGAAGCAAAGAGGGGCUUACCGCUCUGCUGGAGUUUGCCGAGGACAAGCUGAAGGUGAACUCCGUCGUCCUUUGGUUCCGCAAAGGCCGAGAGGAUCGACUGUCCAUCAUCAAGACCUUCAACUACAUCGGCUUUGAGAUGGUGAAGCCGGGGGACCCCUCGGUUCCGGCCCGGCCCGACUUGGUCUUCAUGCUUUACUCUCUGGACAUCGACAGCAGCUCGGACGAGGAGUGAGUCCACAUUACCCCCCCCCCCACCGCCCCCUUUCAUCCUCUUGCCUUUGGAAUCUAGACUUUUUUUUUUUCUUUCCCUUCCGUCUCUUAAGACUGCGAACCAAGUCGCUUGAAACGAUGCUGUUACAUGCCAGACUCUUCCUACUUGAAAGAGAACGACUUUUUUAUUUUUAUUUUUUUAUUUUUUUUGAAUGGAAGAACUUUUGUGACACUCACGGCCAAGGAUCCGCCCAGGUCUCCGAUUAGACAAAACGUCACCUCACUCGCAAGCCGCCCGACCGCUGUGGUGCAUCCGCCGCAAGUUGGGGGGUGGGGGGGGGGGGACCAUCCGGGCUCAACAAACUGUCAUUUAGCGUUGGUGCGCCGUUCCUGUACGUGUCAAUCAUUCUCAUCCGUCGGAAGCCAUUGGCCGCUCGAGUUCCAUCAACGUGGGAGGAUCGCGGGACACCGAUGUCGGGUAAAAUUUAACAAAGAUGCAUUUCGAGUCAAUCUGAUUGAUUGGCCGUCAAUGGCCAGUCUAAUCAAUCGGUGUGACAACAAUACUAAAAAUGUUCACGUCGCAUUGUGAGCGAGCGGCUCGCCCGGGUCCCGUUUCACCGCGGAGCGCUCAUCGCCGCCCGUCAGAAGUCACCGGCCGAUGGAAUCGCGGCCAAUCGGUGAAGCCGUGCCUCCUUUCACAUGGGCCGCACCUUCCCGGCAUGUCACUCGUCCUUGCUCGGUCAAGGCGAGGCCUCCUGUGCCUCACGUUUGAGCCUUUUCACUUUUGUUGACGAACGCGGUCCCGUUUCCAACCCCCCCACCCCGUGGUUGGGCUGCGUGCGCACAAAGACGACUCCCAGGGAUGACGAUCAAAUGCGAGACUAUUUUUCUUAUCCGAUUUUAGCACUUUGAACUUGAUGUCAAAGAGACUUAUCUGGGGGGGGGGGGGUUAUCAUUUGUUUAGAAACAUCAUCCAGGUUGAAUCGAUAUUAUGCAUUUUCUCUGCAAAGUCUAUUUUCUACAUGUGUAUAGUUCUCUCUAUAUUGGCAUAGUUAAGUUAUUCGUUUGAUUCCCGGUGGCAGUUGAAUUCCGUCGGUCAACAAUCCACACUUGUACACCGAGGAGAAACUUGGCUUUCGCGGCGGGGAAAAUACUUCUUUAAUAAAAAAAAAAAAAUACAAAAAA